GCAAUUUUCCCUGACAGCCGGUUUCGGCUGAUUUCAAGAGAAAAUUAAAAAUUUUCUUUAUGUUUUCCAGUUUUUCCCUUCAAUAUUUCCAUCAGGGAAACCUCAGUACUUAAGUAUAAUAUAUUUUCUAAGAAAAGUUUAUAAUGCAAUAGUUAUAAUUAAUAAUUUAUGAAAAGAAAGUAAAGAAACUGUGUACAAAGUUUAUAAUUACCCAAAAAUAGUGAAACAGGGUGUAGAAAAAUAUGUUUAGUUGAAUUAAAAAGUGUACAGAUUAGCUAAUUUAUUAAUAUGUUGCCUUUGUCACACAAGGAUAACUAUCCGAGAGGAUUCGGUUCUAGGAUAAAAGAAAAAAUUAAUGGAUACAUAAGGAUAAUUUUCUCAGAUAGGAACUCUAGGAAUUUGUUCUUGUUUUUGUUGUUGAACUUUUCCUUUGCCUUUGUCGAACUACUUUAUGGUGUAUGGAGUAACAGUUUAGGUUUAAUUUCGGAUUCUUUCCACAUGUUCUUUGACUGCACCGGAUUAAUAGCAGGUCUGGCAGCAUCAGUGAUCACCAAAUGGAAAGCGAACGAUAAAUAUUCCUAUGGAUAUGUCAGAGCAGAGAUAUUGGCAGGAUUUGUUAAUGGCCUAUUUUUGUUGUUUAUUUCGUUCUUUUUGAUGUCUGAAGCUGUGGAAAGGGCAAUAGAACCUCCAGAAGUGAAACACGAGAGACUCUUUGUAGUAUCUGUACUAGGACUUUUAGUGAAUUUAGUGGGCAUUUAUGCAUUCCAACAUGGCCAUGGACAUUCGCAUGGCGGUGGUAGCUCCCAUGGUCAUUCUCAUGGAGGCAGCGCGCACGGACAUGCCCAUAACAACCACGGGCACGAUUUCAAUAUUGAUGUAGAUACUGGUAGUGCUAGUUCGCACAUUAUGAAAGGGGUGUUUUUGCAUAUUUUGGCUGACACUUUAGGUAGCGUAGGUGUAAUAAUUUCCGCAGUCCUAAUGCAAAUGUUUGGCUGGAUGAUAGCUGACCCAAUAUGCUCAAUGUUCAUAGCAAUUCUAAUAGCCCUCAGUGUUCUAGCACUUAUAAAGGACUCGGUUGCUGUUUUAAUGCAACGACAACCAUAUUCACUAGACAACAUACUACCACAGUGUUACCAAAAAGUCAUUAGUUUAGCCGGAGUGUAUUCAGUACAAGAACCGCAUUUUUGGACGCUUUGCAGUGACGUUUAUGUGGGUGCCAUCAAACUUGAAGUAUCGAAAAACGUCGAUCCUAAAUACGUGGUGCAACACACGCAGAUGAUUUUCGCUUCAGUCGGAGUUAAACAACUUUUUGUACAGUUGGAUUAUACGCCCAUGUGAUUGUAAUAUUUUUUUUUAGGAGAAGAUUAAAUUGACUUUUUUGUAAAUUGCUUAGAGUUGAGAUGAUUUUAACAAGACCUUUUUACUUAGCCAAGAAUUCACAAUGCCUCCAAGGCUUUUUCAUUUUAAAAUAUACAGGGUGUCCGUUUUAAGUGAUACCACUAGCUAUCUUCCAAACGGUAAGAGGGACGAGGUCGGUUCAAUUAGACAAAAGUGGCAGAUUUUAGUAGGUAUCCAUUGGAGGUAAUUUCAUAGGGUUGCCAAAUUUGUGUUCAUUUCCGAGAUAUAAGGGAAAAUGUAAAAAAAGCCUUAAACUUCAAUGAAUACAUAUUUCAAAAUCUAUCAACUUUAGAAAAAAGUGUUCAAUACAAAAGUUUCAAGAUUUCUUCUUCUCUACAAAAUGGCGUAAUUGUUCUCUUCACACAGGUUUUAGUUGUGAUUACAUUUUCCCUUAUAUCUCGGAAACGAACAAAAAUUUGGCAACCCUGUAAACUUACCUUCAAUGGACCCUAACAUCUGCCACUUUUGUCUGAUUUAACAGACAUAUCUCUUACUGUUUCAGAGAUAGCAAAAGUGGUAUCACUCGAAGGGACACCCUGUAUAUAUUUUUUAAGACAUUUCUUUUUCUGAAGGUAGUGAUUUCAAUUUCAAGGGGCCCUAGCAGGAAAAUCAUUGGCUGCAAUAUCGUUAUGUAUAUAAAUGAAAAUUCAGUCCAGUGUUUUGUCUUCAAAAAUUCCUCCUUUCCAGAAGCGAUUGAUUAAAAAAAUACAUGUGAAAUAGAUCGCCCCAUCAUCGCCACUAUUUGAAAAAAUAAUUACAUACCUAAUAGUAGGAGAGCCGGCAAUAUUAACGGAUAUGUGAUCGUUGCAAUGGAUAAUUUUCUCAUAAAACGAUAGCUCAUAGUUACCUUAAAACUAAAUGGAUGGGUUGCCUUGAUUCUCAUGGCCGCAACCCUUUGGUGGCUGGGCGUAAACUACCCUUCUUUUUUCAAAGGAACAAUGUUAUCGUUGCAAUAGCUGAAAAUUGGUAGAUAUAUUCUUUAUUAUGUCUUUUCAAAUAAUAUAUAGGGUUGCCUCGAUUUUGAUAUCCGGAAAUAAUGGCAACCCUCAUUGAAAGUCGAGCGCGCGCGUUAUUUUGCUUGCUGAAAACAAAUUUUCGAAAGUGCCAGCUCUCAAAGUCACUUUCAAAGUUAAAAGAGGAUUCUGUGAAGAGGAUUUUGCAUACGGCUGUAGGUCUUUAGACAAAAAAAGAAACAUGAAAUUGUGUUAAUAAAGUGUUUGCCGCAUAUGAUGAGAUGCCCCUACAUCUCAAGGUACUUCUUAUUUGUUGCGCUUAUGGUUUUGUUCUAUUUAUAAAAUUAUUAAAAGCAUCUUUUUAUAAAACAACUUCACGGCCAUGAGAAUCAAGGCAACCCAUCCAUUUGGUUUAAAGGUUACUAUGAGCUAUUGUUUUAUGUAGAAAUUAUCCAUGCAACAAUCACAUACCCGUUAAUAUUGCCAGCUCUUGGACUAUAAACUUUGUUUCAAUGGGGAUUCAUACUUCUGACAAAAUUUUCCUUCCUUUUUUAACAAAUAGAAAUUGACUGAAACAAAUCAAUGAUGUCAAAAACGUUCGUCGGUUCUCGGUUCUUAAGCCAGAAGUCAUUCAUUUUAAUUUGUCAAAAAAAUUGAAUGUGUCAUAUAAAUUAAUCUACGACAACCCUUUUUUUCAAGUUAUGACGUGUUCGAUAACAAAAGUGUGAAACCCUCGAGAAAUGAACCUUACCUACUUUAUCUAAACACCUAAUCCCAUUUGGUUACUGAAAGAAAACUUGCUAACUUCCUAGGUUAUAGGGCUGGAAUUUAUUGUAAUACCAUGUUUUCUGAAUUAUUUUAAAAUGUUCACCAGGUAUAAGAUAAGAAAAGGGGUAACAUUUUCAUUUCUAUACGCUUUCAAAUGUUUCAUAAUAGCACACUAUGGCUAUUUAGCCACAGUUUCCAAAUUUAUAAUGUAGCUUUAGAUCAGAAAUACAAUUUAAUAGGUAUGAAGAGGCAUUUUAAACAAGACCAAAACAUAUUUUAUGCAUGGUUUUUAAUAAAUUUUUGUUUAAAUAUAGUUUAUAUAUUUUUUUUUUUGAAAAAUAACUUUUUGUACACAUUUUCUAUAAUAAAUAAUUAUUGUUCUAUGAGCCUUCCAUUGUAUUUAUAUUUGGCAUUUAUAUAUGACAUAUUUUUCAGAUCUCCACAACAGCCAAAUCAUUUGAAUAAAAUUUCAUUGGGAAUAUCCUUAAUAAUUAUGCCUAAUACAGUGGCAAUUGAAUUAAUUGUUUUGUACAUUUCUAUGUUGAAAAUAAGCCCUAGUUUCGUAUAUAAUCAUAUAUAUCCGGAAAGGCUUCCACUCCAAGAUAUUGGGUGAAGGAAAAAACUUUUUUUUAUCAUAAUUUUCAAACCACUCUAGAUAUUUUAUUGAAAUUUUGUACACUGCUUUUCAGCAGCAAAAGACAUUUUUUGAUGUGAAAUAUUUUUUAAAAAAAUUACCAGUGACAUCUGUACCAGAUUUGUACGGAAUAUUUUUUAAGAAAAAAAUGGUGCUCUACUGAUUUUUCCUAUAAUGAAAGUUAUGUUUGAAAUCCCCUUUCAAUUUGGAACAAAUUUGAUCUCUUCACUUUUUUCCGAACGAUGCACCGUUGUAAAAAAAUAAAAAACGAUUUUGAUGCAUGGCGAAAUCCCCAAAAUUAUGAUGGACAUAAUUAAUUAUGUUUAUAGGUAUAGGAAACUAGGGCUUGUUUAACUUGUAUAACUUGGACACAAAGAAUUUCCCAUGUAAAUUUUUGUUUGCAGCCAAUUUGUUCGAAUACGUUAAAGUAGAUUCAUGAAAAGAUUUUUAAAAAAAAUCAAAAAUUUUCAGAAAAUUUUCAGGCACUGUGUUU